GGGGCCUGCGGGCACCAUGGCGGCGGGAGAGGCGGCGCUGGGCAAAGCGGCCGAGAAGCUCUUCUCCCUCAGCGGGCUCUUCGCCGUCUAUAAGCCCAAGGGUCCCACCUCUGCCGGCGUGCUCAACCAGCUGAGGGAAAGGCUGCUGGCAGAAGCUGGCGUGCAAACAAAUGAGAACAAAAGAAACAAGGUUUUGAAAAUUGGACAUGGUGGAACUUUGGACAGUGCAGCAGCAGGAGUUCUGGUGGUUGGUAUUGGAAAAGGAACGAAAAUGCUGAAAACUAUGUUGGCAGGUUCCAAGAAGUACACUGCCAUUGGACUCCUGGGCAAAGCUACUGAUACAUUAGAUGCUACAGGAAGAGUAACUGAAGAAAAACCUUAUGACCAAAUAACAAAAGGAGAUCUUGAGAAUGUGCUGCAAAAGUUCACAGGGGACAUCAUGCAGGUUCCUCCACUCUAUUCUGCUUUGAAGAAGGAUGGAGAAAGGCUAUCAACUCUAAUGAAGAGAGGAGAAGCGGUUGAAGCAAAGCCUGCUCGGCCAGUAAAAGUGUACAGCAUCUCUCUCCAACAGUUCCAGCCACCACUGUUCACACUGGAUGUUGAAUGCGGCGGUGGCUUUUAUGUCAGGAGCCUGGUCAAUGACAUUGGCAAAGAACUCUCUACCUGUGCCACUAUGCAAGAGCUGACCCGGACCAAGCAGGGGCCGUUUACGCUAGAGGAACAUGUCCUUUAUGAAGACAAAUGGACAAUUGAUGAAAUUGCACGAUCCUUAGAGCAUUGCACGUCUCUCCUCCCAGGAGAGCCAUCUCAUAAAAAAUUGAAGACAGAGCAUCCAGGUGAAACUGCUCUGAGCUGUGAAGAUAAGUGAUAAGUUGGGUCAAGGAAAAAGACUGAAUGAUUGAGAUAUUUUCAGAUUGGAUUGGGAUUGUCUUGCCUCCUGUGUAAAUUUACAAGUCUGUACUCAGACGGUGACAAACCGCAAUGCAAGAAAAAUUAUUCUUUUGUUUUCUGGGGUUAUAACACACACUGAAAAUAUCCAGUGCUUGCUGUUUCUGGAUCUGCUUAUUUUCUUCCUUCUUGGACACUGUAAAUGGGCCUGCCAGUAAUGUCAGAUCUUCGUGCAUUUUUAAACAAUUUAUAGGGCACAAUACAGCUGUUGCUAAUUUCUCAAUAAAAAUUGUAAAACUUUGUUUGAUAAAUAUGCGCCAAAAUAUCUUUUUUUUUUCUUUAUAGCUGCCAAUCAAACCCUGAAAUACCAUGGUGACAAGACUGUUAUAACCAGAAGGAUACAAAAAUGUGGUGUGGCAGGUUGCUUUCUUGAAUUCCAUUUCGGGAAGCGUCCUACUGUAGUUUUUCCUAUGCAGAAUGGUCUUCGAGUCAAACGUUAUCCAGAAUGCAUUAAAUGUUAGUGCUAAUAUAGAGUCAUAGAAUAUUCGAGUUGGAAAGGACCCAUAAGGAUCAUCAAGUCCAACUCGCUGCUGCUUGCAGGACUACCUGAAACUAAAUUGUAUGACUUUGUCCAGAUGUGUCUUGAACUCUGACCGGCUUGGUGCCCUCACCACAUCCCUGGGAAGUCUGUUCCAGUGACCAAACAUGCUCCCAGUGAGAAUAUUUUAUGUUAUGUCUGAAAUAUCAGUGAAGGUUGGGUCCAUAGUUCGGGUAGUCAAGAGAAUUUGAUUGCACUGAUUAUUUCUCACCACGGCUUCCCUUGGGAUUUUCAAAAUGAUUAAAAUACAGUGUUUUGAGGAUGCUAAAAAGCACUAUAGUUUGUUUCCAUGUGUGUAAUGGACUAUCCUAUAAGAGGACUUCCUUGUGUAGCUCCAUACGAACUAGUACUGGCUCUAUUUGCCUCUUGACAUAAUGAGGAACACGAGGGGUAGUUUAAACACGUGAGUGACAUUUGUGGGAAAGCCCUGCUUUUGAAAUUGUCUCUGCAGUGUCACCAGAGAGGAACGGACUGACCGCUGGUACAGUUUGUUGCUGCUGCGUGCCCAGUGGGCUGCUGUGGCUUUGCACAACUCCUGCACCUUUAGGUUUUGGUUCUGAAGUACAGGGACAUGACACUUCUACUCUGAGUGGCUGAUGCUGUAACGCCAAGAGUUUGUGCUUAGAUUAGGGUGUUUCUUUUACAGAGAGACAUGGACGUUUCAUUAAAUUACUGCGUUUGUGAACUUGCUACUUUCUAUGGUAAGUUACAGCUAAUUACCUCUGUUGCUUAAAAGAAGCUGGGUUUUAUUCCAAACUUGACUUGAAUCUCCCCAUGUUGCAUUUUAUGUCUUUGUCUGCACCUUACAAAAAAGCAAUUUCUCUGUGUGUUGGUAUUAUGUGAAAUGAUCAAGUUCCAACCUUACUUUCAGUCUAAGAAAUGAAAUAAAUAUUCUGAGGUUCCUCAUUGCAGGAUAUCUAUAGGGGUUUUUUGUUUUCUGCACAAUUAGAAACUGAAGUCUGUGUGAGA